UUCACUUUUUUUAUAAACUAAAAAAAAAACAUUAAAAUGCCUGAAAUAUCUCAAGACGCUUUUGAAAUUUUAAAUCCUGGUGCGCCGUCUGAAACCUUUAACACUUUACGUUCACAAAAAAAUCCGUCAACAUCGGCAACUGCCAUUACGACUACGACGUCGUCACGUGACCCGCAAAAGGAUCAGAAGUUUUCAAAUGGUCUGGCUCGCACGGAUAGUCUUCAACCUCAGGGCUACAAAAGAGAAUUAGACCACAGAAUUUUUGUUAACCGGUCUUUGCAUUUGGAAAAUAUUAAAUUCUACGGCUUUGAUAUGGACUACACCUUAGCUGAGUACAAAUCACCUCAAUAUGAGCAAAUGAGUUUUGAUUUGGUUAAAGAACGGUUAGUUUCGAUGGGUUAUCCUAAGGAAAUAAUGCAAUUUGAAUAUGAUCCCUCUUUUCCUAUACGUGGUUUAUGGUUCGAUGCUCUUUAUGGUAAUUUAUUAAAAGUAGAUGCUUAUGGAAAUAUAUUGGUGUGCGUUCACGGUUUUGAAUUUUUAAAGCAUUCACAAGUCUACGAGUUGUAUCCGAAUAAAUUUCUAAAAUUGGACGAGUCGCGUGUUUAUGUACUAAAUACUCUAUUUAAUUUACCGGAAACUUAUAUGUUGGCUUGUUUGGUGGAUUUCUUUACCAGCGGUGCAGAGUAUACUCCAGAUCGUACGGGGGUCAAGGCUGGCGAAUUAUUUAUGUCUUUUAAUUCUAUAUUCCAAGAUGUACGUCGUGCAGUGGAUUGGGUUCAUAUUCAAGGCGAUUUAAAACAGAAAACUGUUGAGAACUUAGAUCAUUAUGUAAAAAAAGAUGAACGUUUACCGAUGGUUUUAGCCCGCAUUCGUGAAUCCGGCGCUAAAGUAUUUUUGCUAACCAAUAGUGAUUACAACUUCACGAAUAACAUAAUGACAUUUUUAUUUGACUUUCCACAUGGUGCUAAACCAGAGGAACCACAUCGUGAUUGGAAAACCUAUUUCGAUGUAAUUGUAGUGGACGCUCGUAAACCACUCUUUUUUGCUGAGGGCACUAUUCUUAGACAAGUUAAUACCGAAACUGGUGCUUUAAAAAUCGGUUCACAUAUGGGACCUUUGCAGCCAGGGCAAGUAUAUUCUGGAGGUUCUUGUGAAGUUCUCACCAGUUUCAUAAAUGCCAAGGGUAAAGAUGUGCUUUAUAUUGGCGAUCAUAUAUUUGGUGAUAUACUGAAGUCGAAAAAGAUACGCGGUUGGCGCACAUUUUUAGUAAUUCCGGAAUUAGUCCAAGAAUUACAUGUGUGGACUGAUAAAUGUCAAUUUUUUGCCGAGCUACAGCAACUGGAUUGUAAGUUGGGGGAGAUGUUUAAAAAUUUGGACUCGAGUGCCAAAGAAAAACCGGACAUAUCGAAUGUCCGCGGUUCCAUUCGCGAUGUGACUCACAAAAUGGAUAUGGCCUACGGCAUGAUGGGUUCGCUUUUCCGUUCUGGAUCACGACAAACUUUCUUUUCAAGUCAGGUGGUUAGAUAUGCGGACUUGUAUGCGGCCACAUUUCUCAAUUUUAUUUACUAUCCAUUUUCGUAUAUGUUUCGUGCGCCUGCCAUGCUUCUACCGCACGAAUCCACCGUGGCACAUGAACAACGAUUCCAAGGUGAUGGACCACAAGAUCAAAAAAUAAAAUGCUCACCCUCUUCAGCAACUCAAGCAACAGUUAGCUCAACUGUUCCUAGCUCGAAGCCUGUUACAACACAAAAGGACCAUGAAGGGGAUACGAGCUCUACUGUUUUACAUACACGACCCAGUACACCUCGUACUGUAACCCAUACGCAUGAUGAAGAUUAUUCAGAAGAAGAAUCUGAACCCAAUUAUAAAUCAAAUGCUGAAGAAGAUAACGGAAAUUCAAAACCACUUUAAUUUUGUUUCGAGAUAUGUUUGGUUUUAAAAACUGAAUAUUCUUAGUGAGAAACCGCAAAAUUAAAACCAAAAAACCUCGAAAAAGUAAAUAUUUAAUAGAAAUCAACAUUCUGUAAGCUAUUCCCCUUCUUAAUUUAUCUGUCAA